AUGUCCCGGAACGACAAGGAUGCCCUCGUGGCAUUCGUAAACCUCUUCAAGCUCUCAAAAUCAGUCACAGACUUUGUCCAGCUCGCAGACGGGAAAGCCUUGAUGGAGGUCAUGAACUUUGUUGAUGAGACGCAUUUCAAGAAUGUCCCUGCCAGAGCUGUUGGACCAUCAAGCUCUUCAGAGAACUGGGUGCUCCGUACCAACACAUUAAAACGACUAUAUCGCCUUCUCCUCUCCUACCCUCUCCCCGCUCCCCACCCACCCUCCCUCUCCCUCUCAUCCCUCCCCGAACCUCCCUUCUCUUCCAUCGCCAAAUCCCCUUCCACCCGCGAAGGUUCCCAAGGCCUCCUCCAUAUCUGCCGUCUCUGCCUCGUGGUCGGCGUGUGGGCACCCAACAAUGAGAAUGUGAUCACCAAGAUCCAGAGGUUGAAUGAAGAGCAUAUGGCAGAGUUGAUGAAGAGUAUUGAGCAGAUUAUGGCGACGAUGCCGGAGGAGCAUCAGGGGAGUGGGCAGGCUUCGCCGUUGAAGCCGUCUCCGGAUAUGUCGUAUUCGCCCCCGCCGUCUGGACUGAGAGCAGAACGGGACAAGCUGCUGCAAGAGAAUGACGAUCUCCGUUCACGAUGUGAGCAGAUGGUCGGACAAGUGUCCAAGCUCACCAGCGAACUGGAUGAAGCAAAAGAGGACCGAGACGACGCCAUGGAGCGUCUGAAGCGCAAUGAGGGGCCUGGGUCAGGGCUUCGGACUAGUCAGAACGCUCAUACUGGCGAGUCUGAUGGUCUUAAAGCAGACCUGCUAAAGUCUGAGGAGAACUUGGCGCAUGUGGAGGAGCAGUUGGAAAAGCAGACUGCCCAUGUCAACGAACUAUCCAAAGAAAUCGAGCAGUACAAAGCCGAAGCCGAGGAGGCCGUACGGUUGAAAGAUCAGCUGGACGAAUUCCGACAUACGUCGGAUCGUCUGCGCAAGAGCGAGAAUGUGAUUGAAAAGUAUCGCAAGAAGUUGGAAGAUAGCGCUGGGCUUCGACGGGAGCUUCGGAAUCUCGAGGAAGAGAACGCCACGCUCGUCAACACCAACUCGGCUUUGGAAGCCGACUUGAACAAGGCCCUCUCAUCGAAAUCGCUUCUGGACACUUACAAGUCACAAAUCACUACUCUCGAAAAGCAGACGUCUGAUCAGUCUUCUGAAAUCGCCCAGCUAACCCAGCAGCUCGAGACGGCACAAGGACAGCUGGAAGUGCUACAGCAGUCGUACGACGAGCAUGAGGAAGAGCUGGCUGUCAAUUUGGAGAAGCUGAAGGAGCUUGAGCUGAGUGGAGGGGCUGAGGGUGGGGGUGGUGAGGCGUGGAAGAGAGGUAUGACGAGGAGCGAGUCGGGGGCUCUUUUGGGUGAUGUUUCGGUGUCGUUGGAUGAUGAACUGGAGGGGAUCGACGGGGGAGUGACGGAGAGCAAGACAGAGUACGUUCAAUAUAGCGCCUCAUGUGAUCAACAUUUAACACUUAUUAGCCUCCGCGUCAAGAUAAAAUCCCUCGAACGCGAGAUCGCUUCCCUCAAAUCUUUCUCCCACACCCCUGGCUCCCAAACAGAACUCUCCACCGUCCAGGCCUUGCUCUCCGACGCCACCCGUUCCCGUGACAGGUACCAAACAGACUAUCUCACCGCGCAUCGCGAGACUCUGCGCUUGUCGGCGAUAUUGGAAGCUAUUCGUUCAGGUAAAGGGAAGGGUGGAAAUGCGGCUAUGGUCGAGGCGUUGAGGAAACGGGUGGAGGAGCUUGAAGAGGAAGUUAUAGGGUUGGGGAAGGAGAAGAAAGGUGUGCAGGAGGGGAAGGAAGAGGUGGAGAAGGCUCUGGAGGGCGCGAGGAGAGAUUUGGAUAUGGUUGGAAAGGACCAGCGAGAUAUUCUUGCGUCCUUGUGCGAAAACGUCGAGAAGGACACCACCAACCUUGAACACCAAGUCAGGCAGCUCAAAGAACAGAUCGACAUUCUCCGCGAUAGGGAUAGGCAGAAUCUCGAAGAGAUCAAAAAACUCCUCACGGACAAGGUCGAUCUUCAAUCAGCUGGCAUCAACCAACGUGAACGAGCUUUGGAGAAGGAGAAAGAGUUCAGUGAACUUCGGGCGACGAUGUCUGCUAGUGGAGUCCCUUCGGAAACUCAACAACAGCUUCUCAACGUACACGAAAGGAACAUCGAGCUAUCCGCAGAGGUGAAGACUCUCCAAGAGAAAUUAUUAGCUUCCCCCAGCUCCAACACAGAAGACCACUCUCUCUUCGAAGCCGCCCAACAGGCAUACGAAUCCCAAAUCGCCUCCCUCCAAGCCACCCUCUCCAAGCUCAAACAAUCGAAUGCGAGGUCGAAGAAUCUGCAUGAGAUGGAGAACCAGCUCAUGCUGGGCGCGUGGCAUGAUUUGGGGUCGAGGGUGAUGAGUGCGCAUUUGCAGAAUGCGGGGAGCGCUGCGGGGGCGUUGGGAGGGGUGGGGAGGAGGAGUCAGGGGAAGAGUACUCCGGGGGGAUGGCUUGGAAGACAGAGGAGGAUGCAAGAAGUGGGUGGUCUGACCAGGGGUAGUCUCUUAUAG